UCUAGCCUGAGAAGAUGUCAGGGUCCCUCCACUACUUUUUAAAAUCUGGCACCAUGUGGCUUCGGGGUGCAGGGCUGGUUGUCCCCACAGCCACCCUAGAGACCUGGUUCUGGGCCCUCGGUGCAGGGUGGCAGUUGGACAAACCUGAGCCCCUGGCGUUAGCUCACAGUUCUCUCCAAGUGCAGUUUAGGGGAGUUUUCCAGAGUGAUUCAUCUCACGCAGUUGAUUGUUUUAAAGCCACAGGCUGUCGCUGGAGAUGCCCUGUGAAUUCUAACCUCAUUCUUCUGCUAGUCCUGGCAAUCCAAAGUCCAUUUUAAACGUGGGUAAAGGGCGCCAUGGAGUGCAGGUGGAGCCACGGAGACCCUGGGCCUGCGACCUUGUGCCAGGGUUGGCUGCUGUGUCGUCAGACUGAACCUGGACUUGAAGAGAGUUUCAAGAGCUUGCUGCUAAUGUCCAGAGUGACCCAACCCACGAAGGCCCCUAACUAACCCAGGCUCAGAAUCUCAUUCUUUCAACUCACAGAGAACUGUCUGCGGCCUCUCUCUCACUGGCACCCCUGGACAGCUUUUUGAGGAUGUGAACCGGACAGACAGACAGACUCAACUCUGCACAUCCCUCCCUGUCCGCUAGGAUGUUUCUCAUGAACGCCCCUCCUGUGCUUGCUCUCCAGUCCACAUGGGAGGCCUUCGGCCCGCUGGGGAGCUGUAGGUUUCCCGGCUGUUGCUCGGAGGCAACAGAGGGCGUGGGGGGCACGGCGGUGAGUGCCAGCGUGCACAUGAUCAUCAGCACGCUUCAGGGCGCCCGGGCUGCGCAGGGCAUGAGCCAUGAGCGCACCCUGCACGGGAGCCAGAGGGCAGAGAGGGGCCAUGACGACCGUUGGGGCACCAGCCCCACCUCGGCUGCCUGUGGUCUUGCUGCUGAUUUUGACCCCAAGGGAGAUGAGCAAGCUGCAGAUGUCGGCCCCUCGCUGCUCGAUUCCGACAGUGACGAUUCUGUGGACCGGGACAUUGAGGAAGCCAUCCAGGAGUACCUGAAGGCCAAGAGCGGGGCCACCCAGCCCCCCGCGGCCGCCAAUGGGGACAACCGGUGCAAACCAGAACCCCCUAAGAGCAGCACCCCGACUGCCCUGUGUCCCCCAAAACUUGCAGCUGGCUCAGGAGGUGUCCCAGGCAGCUGCAUGGGGGCCAGCAAGGACCAGGGCUCCGCGUCCCCAGUCAGUGUCAGCAGCGAGGACUCCUUUGAGCAGAGCAUCCGGGCAGAAAUAGAGCAGUUUCUGAGUGAGAAAAGACAGCACGAGACCCCAAAAUGUGACGUGUCUGUGGAUGAAACGCCAGACCCCAACGACAGCUUGGCCAGACCAGCACUGAGAUCUAGCACAGAGCCGAUCAAAGUGCAUCGGCAGGAUUUGACGGGAGUGCAUAAGGAGUUUGUCUUCCGGAAGCCGCCCCGGUUGGCAAAGGCGACAGCACAGCCCAGAGGCCUCAGGUCCAAGGUCACCACUGAGCCCGAGAGCGUGGGCAGUACGAAGCCAGUAGCCCCGAGGCCAGCUGCCGCCUGCCGCCCCGCGGAAGCAGCCCAGAAUAAAGGUGGUGUCAAGAAGGGCGUGAGCCCCGGGAGGAGGGGGCAGCGGCUCAGGAGCGCAGCCCUGGUGCGCGAGGCCUCCGACUCCAGCAGCGACGACGGCAUUGAGGAGGCCAUCCAGCUGUACCAGCUGGAGAAAAGAAAGGAGGCGAGCGCGGACCCACCGCAGAAAACCUCCCCGGGGGAGGAGCAGGGGCCCGACCUUCCUGCACACGGCUCGAGCCACUCCACAAAAAGUGCCUUGCCCGAAACCAACAGGAAAAUGCCAGGCAAGAAGAGGCCAGUGGCCUCGAAGACCAUGGACCUCGGCCCCGGUGGCCUUGACCCGGAGCACCCCUCCAAGCCGCCAAAGGAAACCAAAGCCCCUGCCCCGCCAGGAAACACAGCUGCCAAGAGCGAGUGUGUGGACCGGGCCUCGUGCCGGGCAGACACACCCACCGAGCUCAUGUGUGCCGAAGCAAUCCUCGACAUCUCCAAAACGGCCCUGCCGGCCCCUGGGGAAGGCGGCGACGGGCCCCUGUCCACCAGCCUGCUCCUCCGUUCCCCAAAUGCGCCUUCCCGCUCAGAUGGGGACAGCAGUGCUGUGGACAGCGAUGACAGCAUAGAGCAGGAGAUACGGACGUUUUUGGCGCUGAAGGCGCAGUCGGGGACUUUGCUGGCCAGAACAGAAACCUGCCCACCGUACGCACAGAGCCCGGUGCCGUCACCUGGCCCCAACGGCCAGGCUGGUGGCCCCAAGGCCCCGAGCUCCAAGACACAGGCCCCAUCGCUGAGCAGUAAAAGGAAACGCAGAGGAGGCAGCAGCACUGUGCGGCUGCCCACACCCAAGAAAGCGAGAGAGGCAGUAAAAGAGGGCGCCCUGGACGCCGACCACAGCCAGGGGAGAACACAGCCUGGCCGGGGGAGAGCCGGCGAGGCCCCCGGAAGGGAGGGCGAGGCCAGAGGCCAGCCUCUCCCCUGCAGGACGGUAGGGCUGAGUGACGAGGACAUGGCCCCAGACGCGAGGGGCGGCGUGUCACCAGGCCAGGGGAAGGCGGUCGAGGCGAGGAGUGUAGACGAGAAGGAGAGCUCCGAGGACAAGAGCAGCUCGCUGGACAGCGACGAGGACCUGGACACUGCCAUUAAGGACUUGUUACGAUCCAAGCGGCAGCUCAAGAGACGGUGUCGGGACCCCAGGGCCGCAGGCAAGAAGAAGGUGAGGUUCAGCACCACUGAGGCGCAGUUCCUGGACCAGCUGGGCGGCUUCCAGAGAGACUGGAAAGACAGAAGCCCACACUUGCUGAAAAGCUGCCUCUCAAAGUCCAAAAAGGACAGCAGGGAGAACCCGCUGAGGAAACCUUCGCGCGUCUUUGGCAGCCAGACAGAGAGCACGAAGCUGGGUGGCGCUGGCCCCCUGGACGUGCCCCCGGCCUUCUGGUCGGGGCCAGGAGUCUGCGAAGGGCACCUGUUCUCCAGCGAAGCGAAACGCCGCGGACUUCGUGGCCUGGCCGCCAGCUCCAGCUCCCGGUCUGAUGACAGCAGCUCCGUGGACAGCGACGACAGCAUUGAACUGGAGAUCAGGAAGUUUCUGGCAGAAAAGGCCAAAGAGUCCGUGAGCGGUCCAGAAAUUCCAGGAGGGGGUCCCACCAGGCUCGGGCCGGGGAACGUACCCAGGCCAGAGCUGCUGUGCAGGAAGGUGGUGGCCCCGGCCCUGGCCCUUCAGCCUGGCAUGUGCACGCGGAGCCAGAGGGGCAGGGGGACCCCUCAGCCAGCCGUGGGACUGAGGGCCGGCCCCCAUGCGGCGCAGGCCUGCCUCCCCGCCGCUCUGGCCAGGGGCCAGCUGGUGCCACCCAGGAGUGCCAGUGGGACUGUGUCUGCCAGAGGGUCACCCACUGGUAAGAGAAACCUUUAUUCUCACAAAGACCAAAGCCCACGAGGGGCCGGGCCUGCCACCGGGGACAGAGCUUUUGGUCAGCUGUCCAGUUGUGCGGAAGCUGGUGCCCGGGCAGGAAGCCCCGGUGGGGCCUUGCCCAUGAGCUCCAGGAGACGGAGCACACUGACGCGGAGCCCGGGAACAGACAGGGAAGGGGGGCCCCAGGCUGGCCUCACCCUCCCGUGGGGCGACUUUGCCCGCCAGAGCCAGCUGCAGAGCACGUGGGUGCUGAGCUCAGAAGGCAGGGACACGGUGUGGAAAGGGGGCCUCGGGGGCGAGAGGGAGAAGGGGCCCGAAGGACAGGCCCCAUGCGCACCCAGCCUCCCCCCGGACCCCAAGAGAGCCCUGCCUUUCGCAGGCUUCUCUCCGCUGCUCUCCACACAGUUAUUCCACUUUGGGAAGAGCGUCUCCUGGGGGGCCAAGCCAGCCGGCCUCUUCAGCACGCCCCUGAGCCUGCCUCUGCAGGGCCCGUCCUUCUCGGCCUUCAGAGAGCCCCCGGCCAGCCGUGGCCCCGUGCUUGGAAGCUCCCACUUGCUCAUGAAGAAGGAGGGUGGACACUGGCCCAGUAGGAGGGCAUCGGCAGCGCUCAGCUUACAUGACAGGAGGAACUCGGGGUCAGAGGAGGCCAUUUUAGACCUACGGUAUCGACGGAGCAUGAUGGAGACAGACCACGAUGACCCAGAGGCCUGGGGCAGCGACGCCAGUGAGCUGAGUGACACCUCCAUGGAGGAAGGCGGCGGCGGCCCUGUGGCCAAGGGCAAGGUCCUCAAGCUGUGAGAACACGCCCUGGUUUCCACAUGUGUGGAUGGCACGUGGACGUGCGUGCGUGUGAUGCUGUGGUUAAGGGGUGAACUAGCAGGAAAUGAUGUCUUGUUUCACACGUGUGUCCUGGUAAAUAUGAUUUUUGUAGCUUUUUUGUAAAUUAUUUAAAGUGCUGUAAAAACUAUUUUUGGAAAAUAUAGUUGUUUGAUUUUGUAGCGAGCCCCUCAUUGUAGCUUCUGUGGCCUCCAUACAAGUCUUAGGUUUGCAAACACUUGGCUGUGCCCGUCACAGCCAGGUUUAAAGGGACUCAGAUUGAUACUUUGGGGUUAUCGCUGCUGAAAACGUCUGGCUGUGCCUGCAGUUCAGCCUGAGGGGGCAGCAGUGAUGCCCGCCCAGGGCACCAUCAGAGCCCCCAGUCGAGGUCUCUGUCGGGAGGCUCCUGGCCAGCACUUCUUAUAGAGGGGACCCCAGGCCUGAGAGACCAGAGCACAUCCUCGGAACACUGCAGUCACAGCCUCCGAUCAGAAGAACGUGUCAGAGCACAGAGACCAGCCAGCACGCUGGCCACUCCCCGCUGCGUUUGGGAAUCCCAGCUGAGAGCUCGGCACAGGUCCCACUGGUUCCCACACGAAGCCUUUGUCAUCUUGUGUCCGAUCCCGUUCAAUGACUUCAUGGUUCUAACAGCUCAAUAAACCUCUUUUUAUUUGGGAGCUGCUGUCCAUUUUUAGGCCCGACAAGGUAACGGGCAGCCUGUGUGUCUGUAAUGUCCGUAUUCUGAGCUGUGCUCACCAAUGAGCUUGGCUGGAGCUGCCCAGACAGCUGGAGCACCAACGACAGCACCACACCGUCCAGGGAGCAGCCGAGCAGACACUUCCCAUGGUUUUCGGAGGGCCUGCCUCCCAGGGCCACGUCGUCCCAAGUGUGGCACUGUCAGUGUUUGAGCACAGAAGAGGGGAGAGCAUGGUGUCCUGUGCCUCCCGUUCUGUGGCUGUGGCAAUACCUACAGCUACUGUAGAGAAAGGAGGGACAGAUGUGUCCCAUGGGGCUGGGCACUGACCAGUCACGACCUUGACUUACAGUUGUCCGGCAAACUUGCAUCGGUUGCCCGGAGUUUGACAGCUCACGUUGUGACGUCGCUGGGAUGGCCCUGGAACAAGGUUGACUUGGCAGCUGAAUGUAGAUGGUAUUCUCACUGCAAAUGAAUUUUCCACAUGGCGUGCGCCCCUGGGUUUUAGCAGUGAUUCGCUUCUGUACCCCAAGGUGGACCUGCACCAGCACUCACAAUCGGUGUCUGCCUGGUCGGAUGCCAUGACAAGUGGGCCCGUGGACUUCGUGACUGUCUGGUGCCUGCGUGAUGUGCAUUUGAGAUCCCCAUUGUCAAAUAUUCAUUCACUGAAGUGCUUCCAGGAAAAACAGUUUAUGUAAUCCAUGCUUUAAAUUUUAUUUAAUUUUUAACGAGUGCGUUUAACACUCAAAAACAAACAUCAGCUUGUUUUGUAUAUAAGAACCAUUUUCUAAAAGCUAAUAAAUCAAGCACUGCUUAUGA